GCAUAGCAGUGCAAGACAGGCGUGCAUGGGCCCUCUCCCCUGCCCAGCUAAGCGCAGUUCCCCCAUAUCCAUGUCCGCAGGCCUCCAGCGCGGAAGAGCUUGGCAUGUGAAGCCAUGAGCGCUCGUGUGGACGGUUCGUACGACUUACGCGCGCCGCGACUCGAGAUCGAAGCGCGAAGUGGUGACGGCGAAAUCUUGCUUUCUUGGACAUCCGCCGAACCGCGCUUUCGGCCUUGAUUUGAGCCGAGGUGGCCAAUGCUAGCUGCUCGUCAUAACACCGUGAAUCCCCUCGAACAACUCGACCCUCCCUAUCAGAAACAAGCAGCACGCAACCACUCCACUAAGCUCCUACACCAUUACCCAAUUUCCAGAACAAGACCGAAUCAGAGCUAGCACACUGGAACUCACCUCUCUCCUCGUCCCGUCCUUGCAAGCGCGAUCAACCACCACCUCAACACAAUGGCUGCAACGCGCCUUCGCGUCACCGCUCUCCUCCUCCUGCUGCUGCUCUCCUUCCUCACCCUGGCUGCACACGCGGACGACAUGGCAGCAGUGAACGCCAUAUUCAACGCCGCAGGGGCGGGCAUGAGCGGUGGCGGGCUGCUGGAGCCCGUGUGCUCGCGCGCAGGCAUCUCGUGUGAGUACGGGCGCGUGGUGCACAUCGAGUAUUCGCAGUGCAGCGACCCCCCCGCCAGCACCAUGCUGGAGGGCACGCUGCACUCCGCGCUGGGCUCGCUGGCGUACCUGCAGACGCUCAACUUCUCCUGCAACAACCUGCGCGGUGCCAUCCCCUCCGCGCUCACCAACCUGCAGCGCCUCACAGCGCUGGACCUGAGCUUCAACUCGCGCCUGCGGUCGCGCGUGCCGCAGCACCUCUUCCGCAUCCCGUCCAUCCACACGCUGCGCAUCAGCAACGCGGGGCUGUACGGGAACCUGCCCACCAGCCCGCAGAACUACUCGACCACGCUGCGCCACCUGGAGCUGGCGCACAACCUGCUCUCCGACUCCCUGCCCAACGCCCUCACCGCCAUGCGCAACCUCGAGAGCCUGGACCUGAGCUUCAACCGCUUCACCAGCAACAUCCCCAACUUCCUGUCCGCCAUCAACUCGCUGCGCACCCUGGACCUCAGCUUCAACCGCUUCUCAGGCAAGCUGCCGUGGGGCCUGGCAUCGCAGCACAACCUGCUGCACCUGAAGAUCGCAGGCAACCUGAUCACCGACUUCAUCCCCUCCGUGUUCAGCCAGAUGUCUAGCCUCAAGCUCAUGGACCUGAGCCACAACCGGCUGUACAACAGCAUACCCGCUGCCAUCCUCAACAUGCACUCGCUGGAGGAGCUGCACCUGCACCACAACUACCUCACCGGGGCCUUCCCCUCCGUCGCCGACUCGUCGUACCGCAACCUGAAGCACCUGGACGUGAGCCACAACCGGCUGACGGGGGAUUUCCCCACCACUCUGCACCACCUGGACCGCCUGACGCACAUCAACCUGGGGUGGAACCGCAUGUACAGCAGCGUGCCCACCAAUCUCCGCGAGCUCGACCUGCAGCACCUGGACCUGAGCCACAACUCGCUGUACGGCACGCUGGGGGUGUCCGCCAAACAUGCCCUGUACGCGCAGAACAACGGCUUCGACGGCGUGCUGGCAUCGGUCUUCUCCGACGCGGCGAAAGCCCCGCAGAAGGUUCUCGACCUGAGCUACAACCUGCUGUACACGCUGAGCCCCUUCCAGAACAUGCACCACACGGAGCGCGUCAACCUGGGCCACAACUCCAUCGAGCAAGGGAUCCCUGCAACCUUCCUCGUGGACGGGGCUGGGGGCGUGGCGCGCGCCAAGCACCUGGACCUGAGCUUCAACCGCAUCGACGGCGACCUGGCACCGCUGCGCCAGCUCACUGCGCUCACCAGCCUGGACCUCACAUGGAACCGGCUGGAUGGGGGCGUGCCCACAUGGGUGAGCGAGCUGACGGGGCUGCGGCGACUGCACCUGGAGGCGAACAAGCUGGGCGGCACAGUGCCCGGGGAGCUGUUCGCACGCAGCACGCUGCAGCAUGUGGACCUCAGCAAUAACGGACUCACAGGCCCCAUCCCCGACCUCACCAAUUGCCCCGCGGUGCUCUCCCUGGCCAACAACAGCCUGGGCGGCGCGCUGCCGGCGUCCGUGCUCAACUGCCGCUCCACGCUCACGGACCUCGACCUGUCGCGCAACAACUUCACAGGUCCCAUCCCCAACGUGCUCUCGCAAUUCUCCUUCCUCAACCGCCUCGACCUCAACCGCAACUACUUCAGCAGCUCCAUUCCCACAGGGCUCGGCGCGCUGCGAUCCCUCCGCGCGCUCGACCUGUCGUAUAAUCACCUCGAGGGGUCCGUUCCCACGGACCUCGGGAGUCGCCUGACGCUUAAGUCGCUCGCGCUGGGCGGGAACCGGCUGUCCGGGCAAAUACCGUUCCUCCUGGCCAAGUUCCCGCGCGCGAGCUUCAGGCCCGACAAUUGGAAGCUGUGCGGCACGCCGCUGCGCAGCUGCAGCAUGCGGUGAAGACGGGUGCAGAUGGAUGAACGGGAGAACGGGAGAAUGGGUGAAAGCGGGAAGGGAUCGCAAGGUGCGAGGGUGGAGAGAUGGAAGAGCGGUAGUCGACGAAUAUCAAGAUAAUGGGUCGCCAUAGGUCGUCUAGAUGGGGGUUAGUUGCAUAAAUCGCAGCUUCUUGUAUAGGUGACAAUUAGUUGUCUAGAGGGGGUUAGUCUUGAGCGACAGACAUCAGUGGUGGGCCCACAUGCGCGAAGAAGCUGGUGAGCAAAAGGACUAGGGAUGGGAAACGAGGUUCGUGCUGGCCGUGCAGAGCCUUGGAAGUUCACAAUUUUGGUUCGGAGGCUGCUGCGUUAGAAAGAAUUCUUAUUCUGCUGUGGUUUCUGGACUUUCUUGCCAGUGUAUUU